GCGCUGGCAUUAUUUUUCAUUUCUGGUCAAAAUAUUGAUUUAGUUUUCAGUGUUAAUUUCUGUUGUUCAAUGAUACCUCCAAUACGUGGCUGAUUCGUGUAUGCUUCAUGUUGAGCUGUUUGGGCGUCAUGUCUACAAAUGUUGAGUUCACUGUGUGUGGGGGGGAAGAGACGAGUGACGCACCAUCUUCUCUUAUUUACACAGGAAAUAUCAGUUUAGCAUUAGCCGCAUGCUAACGAGCAAACAUGUUCGACUGUCGGCCAGCGCCGAGUUAAGACUUGAAACUAUUUCCCCGAGUUGUCGCCGACCUACGAUUCGCGUGUACAAUGCUUUACUCGAUUUGGAAUUUCGUGAAGCGACACAAAAGGAAGUUCAUCUUCACCGGAGCAGUUGUUGGAGGUGCCUACUUUCUGGGCAGAUAUGCCCAGAAGAAGAUCCAGGCAGCCCAGGAGAAGGAGGCCAGCGAGUACCUGGCCCAGGCCCGGAGGCAGUUCCACUUCGAGAGCAACCAGAGGACCUGCAACAUGACAGUGUUGUCCAUGCUGCCUCCGCUGAGAGACGCCAUCGUCAGCCAGCUCAACUCCGAGAGUCUCACCACGCUGCUGAAGACCAGGCCGGCAAACAAGCUGGAGAUCUGGGAGGACCUGAAGAUCAUCAGUUUCACGCGGACCAUUGUGGCGGUCUACAGCACCUGCAUGCUGGUGGUUCUGCUGCGUCUUCAGCUCAACAUCAUCGGGGGGUACCUCUACCUGGACAGCUCGUCCUGCAGCCCAGCCGCGCCUCAUCUGGCUCCUCCUGACGUCCAGCAGCAGUACCUGUCCAGCAUCCAGCACCUCCUGGGGGAUGGGCUGACAGCGUUAAUGUCGGCGGUGAAGCGGGCCGUGGUCAACGCUCUGGGCAGUGUGUCUCUGAAGACCAGCUUGUGUCUGCGGGAGCUGGAGGAGCAGCUGAAUUGGAUCAGAGCGGAGGUGGAGUCGGACUCGCGGCGCCCGCUGUCCUGGUACCUGCUGGCUGCGGAAGAGGAGGCUCUCGCCGAGCAGGCCUGCGGCUUGACCCCAGACGAUGGGAUUACCAUCCGCCUGCUCAACGAGACCAGGGACAUGCUGGACAGCCCUGACUUCAGCCUGGUCCUCACCGCGUGUCUGCACCGAGGUUUCUCGCGCCUCCUGGACAACAUGGCCCAGUUCUUCCAGCGACCCGCCUCCGAGCCGACUCCUGACUCCGCCCUCGACAGUCUGCCGCUGGCCAAGAUCAUUCCCAUCAUCAACGGGCAGAUCCACAGCGUCUGCAGCGACUCGCCCAGCUACUUCGUCCAGGACCUUCUGACCAACAACCAGGUGAAGGAGUUCGCCGCCAAUGUGUACGAGACGUUCAGCUCGCCGCACCAGUGACGCCGUGUCAUGGCCCCGCUCCCUGCCUGCGCCGCCCUACCAUGAACCUGAGAGGUGAAGCGACGACCUUGGUUAUUGCAGUGGCGACUGGUGGCCUGCAGGGGGCGGCAGAGAGACUCGCUGGCUUCGUUUUAUUCCGGGAGAUAAAGUUCUCAACACUCCAGCUGUUUCCAUUUACACCAGGGAGUUCGUGCCAGGUUCACUUGGUCAUGACAUCACUCUGGAUCACAUGACAGGAGGGGGUCAUGUGACCUGCUCAAGCGGUGACUCACGGUGACAUCAUGUCAGCAGGUGUAUGAGAGGGUGAUGAUGUCAUCGGUCCUUGAGCCUGAAGACUUAAAUGUGCUUAGUUGGGAGCCAAUCACGGCCUCCGAAGUGAGAUGAUCUCAGCGUGUCUAAGAGGGGGGAGGGGCGCCGAGGGAGAGGAGGGGGAGGGAGGCACAGGACUUCCCGGACUCCCCGUCGGCGAGAGCGAGGAAAAGGAGCAGCUGCUUCCCGGAAGAGAUGAUGUCAUCAGUGUGAGCUUCCACAGUCCUGAGUCAAACCGGUCCCAACAGUCCUCACACACGCACAUACCUUAAGUCCGUCUCAGUCUGGGUUGGACCCAGACAAGGUGUCCCCGUGGCUUUGCACCGGUUUCCUCCCUUGGCCCAAAGACCUGCUCACUAGGUUCAUGUGCGUGCGUGCGUGUGUGUGUGUGUGGCCUCCAACGGCCUGGCCGCCUGUCCAGGGUGUCCUCCUGCCGGGAUCGGCUCCAGGACUCCCCACAACCCGGACUCGCUGCUGUUUUAUGUGUUUGAUGCCAGACAUGGACCUGGCAGUGGAAGCGGGUCACGUUGUCCCUCAAUGAAAUAACAUCUCCAAAUAGAAAAUAAAAGGAGUCUUGUUUCCCUGGCUAUUUUGAGUGUGUGUCUGUGUGUGUGUGCUUUGUAUCGCUAUCCUUGUGGGGGGCUACAGCUUGGAAACACUCCUACUUGUGAGGACAUGUUUGCCGGUCCCCACAGGGUUAAGCCUCAUCUAAUGGAGUCCAGGUCCAGGUUAGUCACGUGUUUUGGAUGGUUCGGUUCUCAGGUCUCCACAAGGCC